UACUGAUUGAUUAAGUUAAAUUUUACUUAUUGACCGUUGCAGAAGAGUGCACAAAUACUAUGGUCAUGUUAUGGUCUGACUUUUGCUGACAUAGACCACAUUUAUGACUAUUCAAAUAAGAUAUUUUAAAGGUCAAUGGCAGGUUUUCCAGCUAACUAAACGUUUGCUAACCAACUGUGUAAUGUUUAUUUCUGGCUCAAUGAGCCAGCCAUCAACUUUAAUUUGUCUUUUUAUUAUUUAUAAGUAGCUAGCUAURUUAGAUACCAUAAUGUCAAUGUUCAACGAGAUAUUUCGUUACAUGUAGAUCUGUGUCGGCUAAUGUUACAUCAGAGAAAUGGCUUUACUGGUUCAUAUGUAUUUAAACUACCGGUUGUUCUAAUUAGCUAGCUUGGCCCAAAAUAACAUYUUCAACUCUAUAAUUGUAUUAGCUAAUCACCUAAGUCAGCAAUUGGUAUUUGAACUCAAACACUGUCAUCAAAUGCCACCUACCGAUUUUGUAAAUCAUCAAUGAAAUAAAACAAUUUUCAACUUUGUUAUGCUUGUGGGUGAAGGCAGUGAAUAUGUAAAUAGUCAUGAUUUAUCUGACUGAAUCAGUGUAAUACUGGAAUUGUUUGAGAUCAAGUUUCUUAGACUGUGAAGUUAGGUUAUAUAACCCAAUCAUAUGUGAAUAACCCAACAUUUUGUGACUCUUUGUAUUCUGAGUAGCKUAAUUCAGUUUACUGUCAAAGUGCUGAACAGAAAUAGCAACCAGCCUUGUGCCACUUUGAUGUCAUACAUAAAAUUAUAGACAUUUUCAAGCAUUUCACGGAAAAUCUCAAAGAGAAUCCGGCAGCUGCGGAUUUAAUUGCAGCUUGUCAGAGUGAUGCGUGGGCAUCUUGCAUUCAUGCUAAAGAACCUCCUUCAUAUUACAUCACAUGUUUGGCAGUCUGUUUCUGUACUGUAGCCCUAUUACAAGGGAGGUGAGAAGAGACAGUGUGGAGAGUUUGUUGGGGGGGAUGGAGGAGUUUCCAGUGAGGACGGUGGAGGGGCUGUGUCUAGGCACCAGCUUGGCCAUAUCAGGCCUCUUCUUCUACAUCUACAGGAAAAAGAGGAAAUCGGUGGACAAGCUCAAUGAGGCACCCCACAUUAAUUUGGAUGGGAAACUGGCAGACCUUUUGAAUGUGACACCGGGAAAGUGUCUGCAGUAUGUUGUCAUCGAAGGGGCAGUGCAGCCUGUGGGGGAGCCUCUAAGGAGUCAGUACCAGGAAGGCAGCGUAGGGGUAGUGCAGAAACUCAUGCUGAGGGAACACAAGCUGGUGUGGAACAGCCUGGCCCACACCUGGAUGGACAGUGAGCGUGUGCUGCACCAGAGGGUGAAUACUGUGCCCUUCAGCCUGGUGGGGUCGGACCAGGCCAACGUGAGGGUGCUGUGUCCCCUGGAGGCCUCGGGGCUGGAGAUGGAGAUCAUCCAUGAGAAGUUUCACCAGGCCACCUACGGUUUCACCGACAUCGUCGGACAGUACCUCAGUGGAGAGAAGCCCAAAGGCCAGCUGGAGACUGAGGAAAUGCUCAAGGUUGGCGCUACUCUGACAGGUGUAGGCGAGCUCAUCCUGGACACGGACCGGGUGRUGAAGCUCCGCCCGCCCACCGACGGCUCGGAGUACUUCCUAAGCACAGCAGACUUUGAGACCCUGCGGCUGGAGCAGGAAGACCAGGCGGUGGUCUGGCGGGUCCUGGCCUCUGUGUUCGCCCUGGCCGGGGCCGCCGUCCUCCUCUGGGUGGGCUGCCGCUACUACCGCAGCCUGAUGGUCUGCUGGGAACAGGAACGUCUGAAGAGGGAGUUUGAGAGACUGGGGUCUGGGGCUACACAACAGGGGUCUAGGGAGCAGGAGACGCCCCUGGAGAAUGACUGUGUGAUCUGCCUGACCCAGCUCCGUAGCUGUGUGCUACUGGACUGUGGGCACGUGUGCUGCUGCUACAGCUGCUACCAGGCCCUGCCUCAGCCCAUCUGCCCCAUAUGCCGGCAGGCCAUCAACAGGGUGGUGCCCCUCUACCAGGCAUGAAGCCCAGCCAGGGAGAACAAAUCAAAAUCACAUUUUAUUUGUCUCAAACACAUGUUUAGCAGAUGUUAUUGCGGGUGUAGCGAAAUGCUUGU